AUGCAGCCCCAAUAUGCUCUCGUCUCCCUCCUCGUCGGGCUGAACGGACACACUGUUCUUGCGGCGCCGACCUUCGGCCUCGUCUGCGACGCCAUGAACAUGCUCAUGGGCGACCAGAACAUCAUUCCCUGCGGCAACAGGAGCAACAAAGCGCCGCCGGCCAAGGAAGACAUUGCCGCGGCCGCGCAGCAGUGGCGGGGCGACACGCAAACCGUGUCCGACUUUCUCUCGCACGCCGAGUCCCUGAGCCCGCAGCAACGGCAGGAGCAGGGCCAGAUUGCCUUUGACGCCGAGGAAGACGAGCUCCUCCACAAGGCCGUUCUCGACCGCGUGUUCCUCAACGGGACCGCCGAGAACCGGGACCCCGGCGUGGUGGCCGCCGACGACGUGCUGGUCGGGCAGGGCACGUUCCGGUUCGUCGAGGACACGCUGGCCCUCUUUGCCAAGCGGGGAGCAAAGUUGACGACGGACGAGGUGGCGACGAUGAUCAAGGCGGUGAACCAGGAUCGGUGCCGCAAUGUGCUGCCGGCGAUUGAUUCAUACCUCAAGGCGGCGCAGAGUGUGACUGGCGCCAGAGAGGGAACGUUGAAGGCUGUGCGACCGAGCAAUUGUUAG